AUGGCCACCGACUACAGCAAGAAGACCAACGCCGAGCUGGUCGAGAUCCUUAAAACUCGCUCUCUUCCCCACACCGGAAAGAAGGCCGACAUGGUAUCGCGCCUCCAGGAAGAUGACGAAACCAAGUCAUCCGACGCUCCUGCUGCAGCCCAGACUGACGCCGCCGAGGACGUCAUUGACUGGGACGACGAACCUGCAGAGACAAUUAUCGAGCCAUCCACAGAAGCCGGCGCAGCUGCGAUUGCAGCUGGUGGCCAGGGUGCAGUUUCCAACCCGGUCGCUGUCCCCAACCAGCAGCUCGACGAGAACCCCGCCACCACCGAGGACUUGAAGAUUGAGGCGACCGGCGCUGUCGCUGAACCCACCACUCAGCCCGAAGCCGCGAUUGAGCAGAAGCCUGUUGUCGACUACACACGAGGUUUACCCCAGACUGAUUUGGAGGCGGAGCUGGCGAAGCGCAAGGCUCGCGCGCAGAAGUUUGGCAUUGUUGAGGACGAUGACACAGCAUUGAAGGAGGCUACAAAGCAGCUGGAGCGCGCUAAGCGCUUUGGUACUGGCGCCGACGCUGAGACUACCUCCGUUGCGGGUGUAAGUCGUCUUGACCAAGCACUUCCUGAUGAACGCUCCCGCAAGAGACGUACUGAGGGCCGCAAUGAUAACCGCAACGAUCAGAGUGGUCGCGGAGGCAAAAGACGUGACACUGGAUCUGGACGCAACCGUAACCGUCAACGUGGGGAUGGAAACCGCAACCGCGACCGCGGCGAUGGUGGGAACAAGACCAAUGCCGGCGUGAAGAAGCCUAAUGCCGGUGGCAACACUGCCCAGAAGAGUUGGAGCGAGAAAGAUCAUGCGGCUAUGGAGGCUCGCAAGAAGCGGUUUGCAGCCGCUGCCUGA